AUGGCAGACCAGAACGAUCAAUCUCCCUCCAACUCAACCUAUCCUCAACGACGUCGCUCAUCCUUUGUCGGUCAAGCAUUCAGCGACAUGUUUAACCGCAGCAGCCGCCCGUCCGAGUCCUCCGGCACCAGCCCUCCUGCCCAGGGUCCCAUUGCUACAGCCGCCGCUGAAGCCAGCCGCCGUCGUCUCUCAAUCAGUACCCUCGGUAUGGGUACUUCCCCCAAUCAGAGCUCGCCCAUGUCGGCUAGAAUGCGAGGUGAGAGUGUUUCCAGCUCUACAGUCGACGAGUCAGCAAUCGACGACGAACCUUCUUCUGCCGCCCCUGCCAGCAGCGGCCCCUUUGCUCGUCGAGUCAGCUUCGGAGCACGAGCUCUCAAGGACAUGAAGGGUGGUUCGGGAUCGGUGCCAGCAGGUAGGCCCACCGCCACCGUUACUAUACCAGAAGAAGAAGUCGUAGACGGGCAGAAGAAGACUUUGGCCCCGACCUCCUCCUCACUGGGUCGUCGAGAGGGUUUCAACUGGGCCGACAACAUGCGUUCCCGUGCCGAAAGGGGCUCCAUCUCAGGCAUGUCUGCUUCUCCUCCUACCGGAGGCUGGACUCACGCUCGCUCCAAGAGCAUCGCCGUCAUGGACACUCCUGUCAGAGACAACCCCAAGCCAGUUAAUGUCCCCGACCAGUUCCAGGAGAGGAUCCUUAAAGGCGAUUUUUAUAUGGACUAA